CCUUCGCCUUGUGAGCUCGACGCGACUGCGCAUACGUGUUGAGCCAUGCAUCGGCCCAAAUGAAAUGCAGGUAGCAGACGGUUGAAUUGGCCCCAUUCCCAUUACCCCGCCCACUGGGAAUCAAACUGCUGGGCGGUACCUACAGGCUGCAUCGGAAUGUCCCUGGAAGCAACCUGUUCACAACACUUUCCCAGUGACCAGUCCAGUUCGCCUCUCUCAAUGCUCGCGCUCCAAUGUCAAAAGGUGGGUACAGUGACCGAUCGUCCCUAUAUAUCAUGCGUGUCAACGGCACCAGCGACAAUUUCUUGCAGACAGGGAAGAAGCGUGGAGUCGCCGCAACAUUUGCACACAACACACCGCGCAGCGCCCCAGGUCGUUGCUUCGGAACCUCUUUCUUUUGCAACAGACAAUACAAAUGGUCCAGCCGGGUUUGUAACAAGGACUGCUACGAGUUCAUCCAAUGGAACGUCGUCAACAUCGCUGGAUAUCCAUUCACUGCUGGCACGUUCCUGCUCGCCCGCUGAGAUCACCAGCAUACCCACUAUGGCUGAAAAGCCUGGGGUAAGUGAAUCCCAAGUGGAUUAUUCACCCAUCUCUCCGUACCAGAACAAUGCAUUCUACUCGAUGAUCAACGGAAAUUCGAAUAGGCUUGGAAGUGGCAACUCAAAUAUCUUGUCCCUUGGGUCCAGUACAUGCCAGGUAUCACACCAACAGCAGCAACAAGCACAACAACAGGAAGCAGAGGAGCCACCCUCGUCCCAGUUGUACCACAAUGUGAACUCUCAUAGGCUGUUCUUUGAGUUUACCAAUCCGCUUGGGGGACAACAAGUGGAUUCUAAUCAACAUCGCACAUCAUGCGAUUCGCGUUACCAUAACGUUGGCGAUGCAUCCCCGUGGAACACACAAAGUAGUCAUGUGCACGCAGAAUUCGCCGGCCGGUUGCCGACGAACGUGCACUUCGUGGAACAGUUGCACACCCUACGUAACUUGUCGCAUGAAAAUGACCACUUAUCUCUCAUAAAAUCUGGCGAUACUCUUGGUCAGGUGUCCUGCAGGACCAAUGCCCAUUCACAUCCCGCAGUGUCGGGCUCGACUGCGUAUAUGCAUCUUCAAGAGGAGACAGGCUCAUCGAUCAGACCUAGCCAGAUGCCAUUCUCUGAGCCAAUCCGUUCGUCAGAGGAACUGCAACCGGUGAACCGCUAUGAGCAAAUACAGUUCCAGCAUGGCACCUCCAACUACGGUCACUCUGAGAAAGCAUACACCCAACCCGAGACCUUUUGUAAGCAGGAGCCGCGUGUGGUUUCACCUUGUUUUAACGCGAGUCAAGAAGCUUGGAAUAAUGAAGGUCCUCGGUGGUGGUUGGACGACCAGUACAAAAAUUUUCUAAUGGCAGCCGCAGUGGCUCAAUAUCCCGACCAGGUAGCGCAGUUUUAUUCACCUGGUUACGCUCAAUUUUACCAGUCUCUUCUAUCCGCUGGUGAGGCUAUCACCACAAACCAACAGGUAUCUCCUUACAGAGCAACCCAAACGGUGGAACACGGAGAGGAUUUUUCAGCGUAUGCAAUGAGACAGGGAAACCAGUGCCCUCAAAUCUUCACUAAGGCAGAACACGCUAAUCCCAUCGUUCAACCAAAGGCUACAUCAUCUACUCAUGGAGGGAGCUCCAGAAGGUACGCUGGCCGCACUACUUGCGACUGUCCAAAUUGUCAAGAAGUGGACCGCAUGAACCUCACAGCGCCUGCAGUGGCUGCUGAGCUGAGGAGGAAGAACUUACACAGUUGCCAUGUUCCCGGCUGCGGUAAAGUUUACAAUAAGACUAGUCAUUUAAAAGCUCAUCUGCGAUGGCACACUGGAGAACGACCUUUUGUCUGCAACUGGUUGUUAUGCGGGAAACGCUUCACUCGGUCAGAUGAGCUACAGCGGCAUAUGCGAACGCAUACCGGAGAGAAACGUUUUAUAUGUGCCGUAUGUCACAAGAGAUUUCUUAGAAGUGACCAUCUAAACAAACACAUCCGCACACAUUGUGAAGGUAGCGAGGGAGCUGAGCGUAGCGUAGGCGAAGGAUAUGGACAGGAGGGUCACAUGGACGCAAUUCAUUCGCCACUGUCGAAUACAGAGGAUCAGGAACAACCCCAGGAUUCUCCAAACCUGGAUGAAGUAAUUCCAGCAGACUCCAUGUCGAUCGACAGGUCAGACGAACACGAACCAGAGGAUUUUCCAGUCACUCGAGGCAAUCCAAACAGAAUCUAUCGUGACCUCAAUCAGACCACGGUUUUUCCCUUGAACACUAGUCAAUCACCGUGGUCCGUCACGAAACCUUAGAGUAAGUGUCCCCGGAUGACUAGGCAGUUUGCAUCAUUCCACUGAUUCUACAGCAUUUUGCGCCAGAUACAUUUACAAUUAGAUGGUGUACAAAGCAGUGCAUGAGUGAGUGUAUAGUACUUUUCUUAUGAAAACAUUGACACACGAACUGGACAGUCAGUGGUAACUACGUCAUUUUUACAUCCUCUUGCAGUGAAUAAAGCUGUUCUAGUGAGCAGCAGUUUGUAAAACGAGCCAUCGUGAUUUUGCGUUUCAUGCUUAUGAGAAGAAAGUAAUUACAUCCGCAGCCGUCUCCUUUCCAAUGUGAAGAUUCUUACCAG